GAUCAUCAUCAAAGCGUAGUACCCAUGUGUCCAUAUCAGUAACUGUACAGGUCAGGUCCGUUCCCCUGGAGUGCCACUGUUUUUAGUUUCUGGCCUGCAUCACGUGUCAUGGGGUGGGGGUGGGGGUAUUGACAGUGCAUCUUCUGAAAUCCUACAGCCUGGGGGAUUCUAGUUUCACUAAAGCAGCCGUGGAAACAGCACGGAGGGCACGCCGAUUGGAGCUGGGACGUUGCGCACUUUGGUGACUUGCUGCGCAGCACGGAGCUCUGCCGAGCAGGGGACCGCUACAUCGGGGAUACGCUUAACUUGGUUCAAACUUCCUAAAAACCACAGAGGAGCAAGGGAGCAGCUGCUACUAGUUCUAACUGUUUCAGAUCACUGGCAAAGUGGAUAAUUCCGAAUGGAGUUAAGCCUAACGGGGCAGAGUGCCUAGCUGACAGAACUCGAUUUGGGUCAAGUUCACUUCCUUCUUGGUUUCCUUGGGUGCUCAGUUGGCAAGGCGGAACAGACAAGGUGCAGCAGGUCCAGUGCAGCGGGAACGGUGCUUGUUGCAGGGAGCCCCCAACAGCAGCAGCAGCUGCACCCACAUUGGGGAUUACUGGAAGACCCGGUCACUGGGGUGGUGCUGAUGCGAGCUCCCUGCCUUGGAGGGCAGCAUCUCUGGAGUCCGUACUUUGCUGGUGAACCUGCUGUUUUAUGUGGAUACUAAUUCAGAAGAAAUGGAAACGUGGAUCUCAUUGAAAAGAGGACUCUGGUCUUUGGGUUUCUGAAUGCCGUGACAAUCGUUUAUAAGGCAAGUGUUGGAACAGAUGGAUAUUUAAGAAGACCCUACAAGGAGAUUUGGAUAAGUGAAUGGACUGUCGGAGUUCAAGCUUUCUUUUAAAACUUGCUUCCAAAAAUGAAUACUAUAUCUUUUUCUGUUUUCAGUUCUUACAAGGGCAUGAGAGUUAAAUAACUGUUCAGACAUUUCUGAAGACAAAAGUCCUACACAGUAAAUGGUUGGCUUUGAUAACUUCUAAGCACAGAAAAUUUCACAAGCUCCAGUGGAUGCCGUCUCUAGGAGGACAUGCAGAUCUGCCAUUUUAGUUGCAUCCUCCAAGAGCAAAUGUGAUGUUAGAUGGAAGAGUCAAAACAGACUAGGAAAGAAUGAUUUGUCAUGAAUGCAAGUUGUUUGCUAAAUUUAUAUUAGAAAAUUUGAUCCAAAAAGCUGCAUCACCUGCUUCAGGGACUGCUUAGCUUCCUGGCAUCCUGGUUUAAGGAAUAUAACGCCUGUCACAGGUCACUAAGCACCAAUUUACAAUUUGAUGUCAAAGUUUUCACUUUAAUGGUUUCUAAACCCUUCAAAGGAUGUCUGUUGGACAGUGCUUAUAAAGAAGUCCCUUCACUACUUCAAGUCUUAAGUUCAGAAGUAAUCAUUUUGACCUAACUGACCGCAGCUAUGACUGUUGACCUGACAGAGCUGUAUUUCAUGUUGGCUUGGUCAACCUCACCAUGGUAGUACAUGAAAACUAUCUCUUGGACGUGAGCUACAUAAUUAUUGAAGUGGCUAUUGCAGUACUUGCUAUACUGGGGAACAUCCUCGUUUGCUGGGCAGUCUAUAUAAACAGUAACCUGCAGAACGCCACCAACUUUUUUGUGGUUUCUUUGGCGGCAGCUGACAUUGCUGUCGGGGUGUUGGCGAUUCCAUUUGCCAUCACAAUCAGUACUGGUUUCUGUGCUUCAUUUUAUGGUUGCCUUUUUAUUGCCUGCUUUGUACUGGUCCUAACUCAGAGCUCUAUCUUCAGCCUACUCGCCAUUGCAGUCGAUCGAUACAUUGCAAUUAAAAUACCGCUCAGGUACAACAGCUUGGUGACAACAAAACGUGCAAAAGGCGUUAUUGUAGUUUGCUGGGUCCUUUCAUUUAUCAUUGGUCUCACCCCGAUGUUGGGUUGGCAUCAAGACCCGAAGGUGAACAAGGAGCCGAAUAAUUGCACACUGGACCCUAUAUGUAACAAAACACUGGUCAUCUGUUUGUUCACCAACGUGGUCACCAUGGACUACAUGGUCUAUUACAACUUCUUUGUGUUUGUGCUGCUGCCUUUGAUUUUCAUGCUUGGAAUCUACUUGAAGAUUUUCAUGGCUGCACGACAACAGCUGAAGAAGAUUGAGCUUAAAAUCAUCCAUGGAGAAAAGUCGCGCUCUAUACUCCAGAAAGAAGUUCAUGCAGCCAAAUCGCUGGCCAUCAUUGUAGGACUUUUUGCAGUGUGUUGGCUCCCCCUGCACAUUUUAAACUGCUUUACUCUGUUCUGUCCAGGAUGUAAGGUUCCACCUUCCUGGCUAAUGUAUAUGGCAAUCAUUCUGUCACAUGCCAAUUCAGUGGUGAAUCCGCUGAUCUAUGCAUAUCGUAUAAGGGAGUUUCGUCACACUUUCCGACGGAUCUUAAGGCGUCACAUUUGGUGUCAGAAGGAACAGUUACUCAGGUCAAACAGCACAAAGAAUUCAAUUUGCACCAAUGUUGCAAAUUCAACUGUAAGAAUCAACGGGUAUGUUUUAAACAUUUACACAAACAGUGACAUAAGCAGCAUCCAAAACAGCACGGAUGUGACAGAUAUGAUUAAAGACAAAGACACACCAGAUGAGCUUCAGAAUGGGACUGCUGUAGAUUCCCAGCCUAUGGAACAUGUGUUAGAAUCACUUAAGAAUGGAGAGGUUACUGUUGUAUGUAAAAAUGUAAGGCUGUUACAGCGGCCCCAGGAGGAGGAUGUCAUUGCUGUCCAUGCUUGUGCCACUGUCCUAGAAAAAAACAUGUGUACCAGUCUUACAGAAGUUUCCUGACUAUGUUAGAAUGAGUGAUUCUGUCUGAUGGAAUCCAUUUUAAUAUGUGCUGCCUCUGUUACAGGAGGAAAUAAUUAACUUAAGUGAACAUCAGGCUAAGUAGGGCAAAAGAUGUUCCACUCAAGGAAAGAAAGGCCAUGGUAUGUGGAAGGUAAAAGAUCAAAGUGCAGAUCUCUCAAAAAAUACAAAGUUCCACUAAGUGUCCUAGUCUCGCAAAUGGGGGAGGGGGGUAACCCAUGUAGCUGUAACAUAAUCUAAGUACAAGCACCGGAGUGUAAGAGACAUCAGAAUGCAGACUGAAAUAUUAAAGAAAGCAAAGCCAGAAGAAUAGCAUUGCAGGCAUUGUGCCUGUUAUUUCUGUUGGGAGCUUCACCUUAGCACUAAAAAUUGGCAAGAAACCUAAGUAAAGUCAUGUUCCCCUAGCUGGGAUACAUCCAUCUGUGCAUUACAGCAAAGUUUUGCUGUUACCUUAUGAAGGAUGGCUGGCAGUAAAGCACAGACGAUUAAGGCUAAGAGCAGCUGACAGGCGUUAUCUAACAGUAUUGUAUUCCUGUAGUCUGCACGUGUGUAUUGUGAGACUGACCGAGUCACUGAACCAGGGAGUGCUUCUUGGUUUCUGCUGUAAACUCAUCUGGCACCAGGUAGUCGUACCCAUUUAAAUACAUAAAGGAAAGCACUAGAAAGGUUGCCAACCUCAAAAGACCACUACCUAGAAUAAAGUGAACCAGGACAUUCAUUUACAACCAUUGGCUUAAUGUUGAGAUGAUUAGCAACUUAUUUUACUUUAAAUGAAUCUGAAUUUAGAUCCUUUCUCUGGCUGGCUUUUCAUGAGCCAUAGUUGACAAGUACAGCACAGUGUCAUAGAUUGUAUUACAUGUCUGGUCUGCAAGGAUCAUACUUUAUAGGCUUUUCUAGGUAGUAUCUGUAUUGCCCUAAUACACACUGCAGCAUGUAUAUACAUAUCUCCACAAAUACACACACACACAGAUGCAUAUUCAUAUACUCACACAUAGAAUUCAGAGGUGGCCCUGUCAGUUUUUAGGUGUAUGCAAGUUAUGUACAUGCACUGUAAAACUGGCCCUGUGUAGGCCCCACAUACAUGGUCCUGUCACAGGUUUUACUGGGUAAUACAGUGCAUACUUAGACCUCUCAUUGGUUGCGGUGGGUAAAUAAUGUGCAGGUUUGAGCCUUGUUGUGUGGUGGGUAAAUAAAGUGCAAGUUUGAUCCUUCUCACAGGCUCUUAACUAGGUUGCUCUGGGUAAAUGCAGAUUGAUGGAACCUUAAGAUGAAAGCAAAUUUAUAAUCUCAGUUAACUCAGUGUCAAGGUGGCAAAAAAUGUCUGCUAGGACAACACUUUGCAAACUUCAUAGAAUUUAUUAACUGUUGUGUAUGUGAGUCAUAACUAUUGCUACCAUUGUUGUUUGACAACGCAACACGUCCCUGAGCACACUACACAGUAUACUGCAAGUUAUCACAGGAAGCUUUACAAGUGGUACACAACAGUGGCAGCAAACUAAAAAUAAUUACGUAUUCAGCUAUAUUACAGCAACUGUGUUUUACAGGUAAAAUGUGUAGAGCUUAUUAGCUGUGUUCCACGUUAUUUUGAGGGACAUUACUCUUGGCACAUGGUAGCACUUUAUUGUAAGCUAACGUGUGUUUUCCUUACUUUUAUUUGCACCACACAUUGCAUAUUUUUAGUUUAAUAAUGCACAUAACACAAUGGCUGUUUCAGUCUCCUGUGGCAAUAUUUUGCCAUACUUUCACAAAAAAUAUGCCACGUCAUUCCGACUCCCUUGUAAGUAUACCCAGGGGCAGUGUUAUGUAAAAUAACCAAACUCAAGUACAAGCAGAAACACAGCAAAUUUCAAUGGCUAAUAAUAAUUAGACUUAAAAAAUGAAGUGCUUACCAAAAACUAAUGAACAGACAAAUACUUCAGAUGACCUCAGGUGCGUCUUGAAUUCCUAGUGGCCUACUUUAUCGAUCUGGGAUAGUGGACAAGUAAGUACACUCGGAAUGUGCCAGUCCUGUUUAAAUAUCCAGCAAACAUAAGCAGAAGUAAAUCACUGUGUAAGAGGUUUGCUUUUCCAUAGCUAGAAUGCUUCACUCAGCUGUAACAUCUUACAGUUGUACAGGCUUCUGUCUUGCAAAACCAAUGGCAUGAUCACAGACACUUAAAUGGGGAAUGGUUCCCGAAAAGAAUAGCACCUGAUCAUCUGAACCCACUGGAAGCUACAUAAUGGUGAGGAGGGCAGAAGUGCAAGCUAAUAAUUGAAGGAAAGGAGAUUUACUGAUACCACAGCCAAGACCAGCAGCACCAAAGCUUCAGGCUUCAAGACAUCCCAGAUGCUCCGUUUUUAUCACAGAAGGCACAACCUCUCUGCUGCCAUUCUGUCAGACUUACAGCAGGCAGAUUUGUAUUCAUCAAAAAGACAUUUUGAAUAAGGGCAGUAACUUAUGUCAACUUCUGAAUGUAAACAUUUCAGUAAUUGCUGUAGCAGACUCUUAGCUCAAGUCUAUGAAAGGUCAAUAUGUGUUUUGUUGUAUAAACAUGUCAAAAUUCAGACUUCUAAAGUGCAUUAAAAUGUUACUUUUUGACAGUUAGGAAUUUUAUAGUACUGGACUUGAUAACUGCUUUUUACUUUCCCAGGGCAGAAAAGAGUGUAUAUAACACUCUGUGAGAUAUUUAACAAAUGUAAUUUCUUUUUCUAGGGGGGUAAUUUAAGCAUAAAAUAUUGCCUAAUAACUUAACUUACUGUGUUUGAUAGAUAAUAGACUCUGGUAAAUAUGUUGCAGUGUAUACUGGAGUUCCACUGUGAGCAAAAUAAAAUGGCAGAUAAAAUA